AUUGAAUGUUCAUUCUCUUCGCCCUACGUUCUGAGUGACGGCCUCAUAAGGCUACAAAUCUACAGAUUGGUUAUCAAUGAAGAGCAGCCGAGGCAAAUAUCCUAUCAGGAAGGAGCCAUGACAACAUGAAUUCUUCAUACAGACGGGCUCUUCGGGGCGGCUCAGCUUCAGCCACAUCUUAUAGCUCAGGCCAGCCAGAGCUGAGGCCCCCCAAUCGCCUUUCAGUUUCCACCACUUCGUAUAGAAACCAGUGCAACAGCAGCGCCAAGCGUGGCUCAACAGACCAACCUUCGACGACCAUGCAACUGUCAACCUCCUCCCUCAAACAGGCACCUAGCUACGGGUAUAACCAAGCAGAGAGGGAGAGGCCCCACUGCUACAGUCCUCUGCUGAGGCUCCAGGACCUCUCCACUAUGGUACACAGACCUGGGUCUGAUCUGGGACCCGGGACCCAACCCAAGGACCUCCAUGCCAGGAACCAUUUGCACUCUCACAGCCCAGUGGGAGGCUCUAGUUUUGGGGCUCCUCUGGUCCGACUGCCCCCCUCUACUGGUAACGAGGAGACAGAACCCUGCGAGGUUUCCAUGCGGGAUCAGAACGGUUUCUCUCCUGUUAGUUCUGAUAGUUUGGAGCGCUGCUCCCCCAUCCCCAAUGGAUACCUGCAUUUUGAGUCCACCUUGUUUGACAGUGGGGACAGGGAGGAUGAGGAGGAUGAGGAGGAAGAGUUGGUACCUUUUCAACAACACUCUUCUAAGUCCCCCAGAGACAGAACGGUCACAGACUCUAACACCACCUCUGGUUCAGGGUUAGGCCAUACCAGCACAUACAAACCCUCUGUUCUCAACCUGAUGUCUAAGAGUCUGUCUGAACUGGACCCUACUCUGAGCCCCAGUGCCCUGCCUGACAUGUCCAUGGGGGAUGGCUGGAGUAUGGACCAGGACUCGGACAGUGACAGUGACAGUGCGAUGACAGGAGACACACAUGACAAUGGUCUCAUCUCACCUGUUGGAACCAAUUCUAAUUCCAACAGCCCAAAGAAGAAGCCCCUCCCAGCAGUACAGUACUUGGAGGGAGAUCUGGUCUGGGCCAAGUUCAACCGCCGCCCCUGGUGGCCCUGUAGAGUUACCAUAGAUCCUCUGGAGGGGAUACACACACGCAUGAAAGUCCCCAGUCGUCGCCCUUGUCGUAUGUAUUACGUGGAGACUGUGGCAGAGAUGGCAGACCAUGCCUGGGUACCUGGGAAAGUUACCUACCCCUUCACAGGAGGAGAGCAGUUCUCAGAUCUGCCUGUGCUGAGACGGAGAGGGAAACAGAGGGAAAAGGACUACAAAUACACAAUACCCAAGCGUCUGUUGGAGUCGUGGAAAGUCAGUGUGCUGGAAGCUGAGUUUCUCCUACCUGACCUUCUGAAGAAUACUGCUGUCUCUUCUUCCAUGGCCUUUAACGGUGAAGAGCGGGUGUCCUCCCCACUGCCUGAUGAAAAAACAUCCGAGGCCCCCUCUUGUUCCUCCUUUAACCUCACUGCACCCCCUCCCUCAGCCCUCCCCCAACAGAAACAAACAUCCCCCUGCUGCCGACCUGGCCGUAGCGAACGACAGUAG